UAUCGCAUGCGGCCAUGCCUAGUGCGAUGGGCAGAUACCGGCAUGCACCAACUGUGCCAAGGCGGGCCAAGUCUGCCUUGACGUCGAUGGCCAAAAAUCAGGUGUUGUGAUCCCUCGUAAAUGAGUAGACGCAGCUUCGUGAAUGCAGCGCGCGCUCGUAUACAAUGGCUCGAAAACGUCGUCCGCGAACGGCUCCCAGACUUCGAUCUCCUAUCCGGACCGCAAGUCGAGUCAGCCAUCCUUCCCCCCAACACCAGCGCUGAGAGACAAGGAGUGUCACCGCAGGACCCUGGCGAUUUGUCCGUGUCCAACUCUGAGGUGUCUCAACCCUCGCGAAAGCGCUCGGCCGAGCCCUCUAGGCAACCCGAUCAUGAUACCCUCUUCCCGGAACGUGCUCGCACCAUUGCCAUGAAUCUGGGCAUGUUGUCGCUCAACUCAGACUUUCCUCAGAAACACUACCUCGGAUCAAGCUCUGGCCGUCUCUUCACAGACCUCAUUGGGGCAUCUCCCACCAACAGUCAAGAGUCUACGCAGCAUGGUGAUGCCGAUCUCGCCUGGCACGCCGAUGGUUCCCGUCGUACCAUUAAUGACACAUACUUCCGGUCAUUGAUAACCAUGCUCAAACAGGAGCUGCCACCGAAACGCGAUGCCCUCAUGCUUGCGCAAACCUAUCUGCGUUGGAUGCACCCUGAUUCUCCUUCCCUUGAACCGCACUCCAUCUUCGACGCUAUCGAUUCCAUUUACGCUUUCAUCCAAGACGCCAACGACUUUGAGGUCCUGCCCAACGGGUGGCCAAGCACCCUCACACCUUUUCGCUGGAACGGACGCAUCAUGGAUCCACGUGAUCUUGAAAGCGAGAGCCCUUGCAUGGCCGCGGUUGCCUUCAUACUGUUCAUGGUCUUCAACAUCGGCGCUUUGGUACAAAUCCGAUCCAGAAUCUACGAGUUUUCCCCACAAAAGUACUACAGGGCGGCCUUGCAUUUUUCAAAAGAUGCAUUCGCGCAGACUUCCUUGUCCUCUAUCCAGGCUCUUAUUUUGCUUGUUGUGCACAGCAUGAUGACGCCGUCAGAAGUCAACUUAUGGACGCUGAUUCAUCUUGGGCUCGCGUAUUGUGUGGAGAUUGGCAUUCAUCGCGAGCCAGCCCAGACGCCACCCGGUGACUUUGCCAUGCAACAAGUCAAACGUUAUACCUUCUUCACCAUCUACUCGCUCGAUAGAUCUAUCUCAUCUAUUCAGGGACGACCAUUGGGAUUUCGAGACGAAACAUUUGAUGUGCGACUACCACAGCCACCAUUGUCCGAUGAAGGAGCUCCCAGCGCUGUGGUUCCGCACUCUUUCAUGGCCGCCGUGCAUCGCUACUCAAUUUACCGAUUCAAGCUCGACCGCAUCGUUUCCGACAUCAAGCUGCAUCUGUACCAUCUACCUUCCGAUUCCAGUUGGUUCCCCUGGCCACAGAACUCAACCGAACACCAGGGGAGAAUAAAACAGCUUCUCGACACGUGGGCAUCAGAGGCUUUAGAAGACUCGCUCGAUUUUUCACAUUUAGAGCUUCAGCAGCGCGAGGUUUGGAGGCUGAAGCUCAAGAUUCGAUAUCACACAGCAGUCGUCUUACUCUACCAACCGUCUCAAGUCAUACAGAAGCCCUCACCAGCGUCGCUUCAAGCUUGCUUCGACAGCUCUUCUUACAUGCUCUCCGCGUAUCAACGUCUUUAUAACCUCCAGAGUCUCCACAUGGGAUGGCGUUCCGUUCAAAACAUCUUUGCAGCCGGAGCCACAUUGAUCUACUCUCUCUGGACCUCACCCGCCGUCCAGAGGAACACUUCUAUUCCGUCAAUUUCCAAGGACUUGCGGACGUGUUCGAACCUCCUCACCGUUGGUGGUGAAUGGUGGCCUUCGGCGAGAAACGGCCAACGAAGCUUCGAGUCUGUCGCCGAUCUGACGGUGCGAAAGCUGUACCAAGACGAUUCGCAGUCAUCUAUUAAAGCCCCGCGACUGUCAAUGCAGUCAACUGCCCGUCCAGCGCGUGAUCACCGCCUUGAGAUGAACAGCAGCGACGGACAACAAGACCAGAGCCUCACGAAAGGGCAGACGACAUGUGAUUUUGAUCAGAUCACCACCACGUGUCAGCCUCCGGAUAACGGGGACGAACCGAACCAAGUCAUGUGGCAGGGAGAAGAGGCGGGGCAGCCUUCAUUGUUUGACCCGACGGUUGAAAUGUUCCUCGCGGAGUUCGACGCAUCCGACUUCACCUGGAGCUUCCCGCUCAACGACAACAGCAACACCAACGGAAAUGGUGAUCCGCACGCCGACCAACUUUGGAUGCGUCCUCAUACAGAAUUUUGAAUUUUGAGCUGCGAGUCAAACUCCGCAUGGUCGUUCCGUCAAUGUGGAUUCGCGAUGUGGCCGGGUUGCUCCGGAUGGGUGAAGCCGCCAUGAAGGACAGCUCCGUGAAAGCGGGUGGAUCCGCCCUUCGCACCAUCAUCGCCCAAGUUGAAUU